AUGACUACUUUGAACGAUAUAUAUGAAUUGAUAGAUGAUGCUGAAGAAGAAUCUCGUAAAGGGAACAUUACAAACUCUGUACGUAAGUACAAAGAAACAGUAAAAAGUUUGGAAGAGUUAAUCAAAUCUACCAAAAGGGAGGAUAUCAAUAAUGAAAUAUUAGUUGCCUUAGAUAUGCUGAAAAAAGAUAUUUCUAAAACGAUUUGUGAAUUAGAUAAACUGCUAACGAUCCAACGGCAACAACAACAACAGCAACAACAUAAUGGACAAGUACAAGGGUUGAAUCAAAGGCCUAAUUCCAAAUCAAGUAAUGUAAGUUUCAAUCAUAGAACACCGAACAUGUUAAGUUCUCUCCUUAUGAAUCCCUCAGUUAGUAAUACAAUGAGAUAUUCAUAUAAUUUAAAUUACAAUAAUGCUAUGACAAACAGCAUGAAUAAUGCUAAUGUUGAAAGAAUUAACCCAUUCAAUGAUGUCGUUAUAAGAACUAUUACGGACAACCUGAAGAUGAAUCUUUUAGAAAGUAUCAAAGGACAAUAUCAUCUUCUUAAUGGUAACGCUAAAGAUGAACGUAAAAACGAUGAAGAUGAAUUUAUAAAACAAUUGAAUACAACUUUUGAAAGUCAGUUUGAUAUGUUCAGGAAAGAACUAGGUUUUUAUGAACAAAAGAAAUUCAGUGAAUAUGACACAAAUUUGGAUAAUUUAAUCAAAGAGAACAAGAAACUUUUGAAUCAAAUAGUUAAAUUAAGAGAGCGAUGGGAUAGUCUUGUAGAAAGUGCUAAACAGCGCCGAAAUAAGUAA